AUGUUGACAGUUGAGAAGCAGUGGAUCAAUGUGCAGCAGAAAACUUUCACAAAAUGGCUCAAUGAUAAGUUGAAAGUUCGACAACUUUUUAUCGACGAUCUAGUACUCGAUCUAUCCAAUGGCGUUAUUCUAAUUCACCUCCUCGAAAUCCUCGGCGCAGAAUCCCUCGGUCGAUAUGCCUCGAAUCCAAGACUACGCGUGCAAAAAUUCGAGAAUGUCAAUAAAAGUCUGGACUUCAUUAAAGGACGAGGGAUUCAGAUGACCAACAUCGGUGCAGAGGAUAUUGUGGAUGGUAAUAGAAAGAUUAUCCUGGGUCUGAUAUGGACCCUGAUUUCGAGAUUCACCAUCAGUGAUAUCAAUGAAGAGGGUAUGACCGCCAAGGAGGGUCUGUUGCUGUGGUGUCAGAGGAAAACGGCUUGCUAUGAAGGUGUGGAGGUUCGCGACUUUUCUACCAGCUGGAAUGACGGCCUGGCCUUUUGCGCCCUAUUGGAUAUCCAUCGCCCGGACUUGAUUGACUUCGAUGCGCUGGAUAAAAAGGAUCAUCGUGGAAACAUGAAACUGGCUUUCGAUAUCGCCGCCAAUGAAAUUGGUAUCCCGGACCUUCUGGAUGUCGACGAUGUCUGCGAUGUUGCGAAGCCUGACGAGCGGUCCCUCAUGACCUACAUCGCCUACUGGUUCCAUGCAUUCUCACAGCUGGAACGGGUCGAAAAUGCCGGCCGACGAGUGGAGAAGUUUAUAAAUAAUAUGCAUGGUGCGUGGGAGAUGCAGAACUCAUAUGAACAGAGAAUGAAGGAGCUUUUGCAUCUUAUCCGGUCCCAGCGCGAUGAAUGGAAGAAUUCUUCCUUUGAAGGGACAUACAAAGAUGCCAAAGACCAAGCCUAUCAAUUUUCCUUAUACAAACGAAACCAAAAGCGACAGUGGGUUGCGGAAAAGUCCGAUCUGGCGGCCCUCUUGGGGAAUAUCAAAACCAAGCUCAGCACCUACCGGCUGCGUCCCUAUGAUCCUCCUGAGGAGCUCCGACUCGAAGUUUGCGAUCAAGAGUGGGAAUGUUUGACUCGCGAUGAGCAUGAACGUAGCCAGCUUAUUAACGAGACGAUCCGCGAUAUCAAAAAUGCUCUUCGUCGUUCUUUUGCAGACAAAGCUAAUGACUUUGCGCUAACCUUGAAAACCUUAUCCCUUGCGAUCUCCGGGAUGGACGGUGACGUAGAGGACCAGCUUGCACAUGUUAAAAGACUCAACGACAGCCUCCCUCCCCUUGAUGCGUUCUUAGAUACCAUUGCGGUGCUAGACGAGCAGUGCGCAGAAGCGAACAUCGAAGAAAACGACUACACAACGUAUACGCUAGAUGAGCUUUCCUAUGAGCUGAGCCUGGUCAAGUCGAGUAUUUCCAAAAAGCUUGCCUUCCUGGAUAAUCAGCUCGUUGCUCGCAACAUGACGAACCUAACCCCGAUCCAGUUAGAGGAAUUUGAGUCGGUGUUCAGACAUUUCGAUCGCGACUCUUCCAACACCCUUCAGGAGCUUGAGUUCUCGGCGGCAUUGGCCAGUCUUGGGCUUGUGUAUGAUGAAGAGGAAAUGCACCAGGUCUACGUAGAAACGUGCGGUCCAGCUAGACUCGGACAGAAUGCAGGCGUCAGUUUCGAACAAUUCAUUCGCUUUAUGGUCAGCGUGACUGAAGACCAGAACACUGCCGAACAAGUAUUCCAGAGCUUCCGAGAAGUUGCCGACGGCAAGCCGUACGUUACCGAACUUGACCUUCAACACUCGCUCAUUCCAGAUGAACUGAUCGAGCACCUUGUGCAAACUAUGCCCCAACAUCACGGGCCGGACCUUCUUGAGGAUCGGGACCUUCCUAAGUACGACUACAUUAGUUUCAUGGAGAAGAUGAUGGAGAAUAACAAUAGCGGCCAAGAUGACGUAUCCACCAAUGGAGGAGCUUAA